AUGGUGGUGGUAGUGGUUGAAGAUGACGGCAACUUCAACCCCAACUCCAACUUUCUCACUACCACCACCACGACGUUUUCUUCCUUCACCACGGCUUCUCCUCCACAGUCUCACCAUAUCCCGUUGCCACACCUGUCGUCUCUCUCCGCAACUACGACGCCCGUUAGGCCGCCGUUGGACCCACCCUUACCAUCGUCCGAGGUUAAAGAUCGUGCUGCCCCCCGAGCCCCCCGAGCCCACCGCGUCCGCCGCUGUUCGUUCGAGUCGUACCAUCCCACCACAUCAGCCGACGUUGACGCCGCCGAAACUUCCUCCCAAGCCCAAUUUUCUUGCCGUCGGAACAGUUCCUGGAUCUCUCCGUCGAUCUUACGGCCGCCAUCGGUGCGACUCGCGAACCCCAUCAAUUACGUGCCGCGCAUCACCCCAGUCACUGUCCCCCGAUUCCCGCAGCCAUCGGAGGAGAAUCUGCCGCUCGAGGCGCAUCGGGACGCCUAUCCGCUUCUGACCAUCCCCGAACAACGCCGGAGUCGACUCAACCCGUCCCCCAAUAGUCUGUUGGUCGAGCGCAGCCAAGGAGAAACCGAGAGUGGCCGCUCUAGCAUCGCAGUGCCUCGAGGCCAGAGGCGCAGUGGCGCAGUUGAGGAAUAUUUGAUCUCGCAAGAAAUGUCCGAUCUGGGAUUGUCGAAUGUCGCCCAGGAUGCACCAAAACCACGCACCCCGGAGCGGGCGCAUCUGGGCUUGGAGUUUAUGCCCGACGGCCCAGGACCGCACCCGGACAAUCGCCCCCGUCAUGUCCGGUCGCAAGUUUCACUGCGAUCGCAAUCUCAGAUCGCCUCAGUGCCCUCGAAUACCGGGUUUCCUGCCGGGGGAGAGCCUGAGAUGGCGGAAGAACUGGCUUGGGGCCCUGCUCACCCAUGCUUUCCUCACUUCAACCCGCAUGUUCCGAUCAACUCUGAAGAAUUCCUCACGACGCGUAUCAUCCGGAUCCGACGAGAUUGGAUGGUGAAGGGGGAUCUCGCUCCGACUUUCUCGAACCUAUAUCCCGAGAUUCUCGAUCCGCUGCUUCCGGAGCAAGAAUUUCGCAGAGUCAUUGCUACGGUGAAUGACGAGCUCAUCAAAGCCUUUGAUCCUUUCAGCCUCCGCAAUAUCAUCGACAGCGCCUUGGGCUUGCUUACUGGCUGGUUAUGGGAGGACGUGGGUGCUCCCGCGAUUAAGAGUCACUUGAAAAGCGUGGAAUCGUGGCUGGAGAACUGGAAUAGGGAAGUUGGGGCGAAGGAUGGAGUGCACAUCUGGAGUCUGCGACGAACGGCCUAUCUUUCCUUGGAUAUCCAAAUCCCGGAUCCAAAGGUUGGCAUCAUUCCCAGCGAGAGUGGCCUCUCCUUGCCCGGAACUCGCCCGAGUAGUGGUGCGGUGUGA